ACAAGGCAAGAAAGAGACGACCUGUCAAACCUGUCUACUCUCAUUGCUCUUCUAGAGAAGGACGGCAGCUACUUGGUCAAGGCUGGUUUCCUGAAGAGCCACCACUGUUAUGAGAUUGUCUUCACUGUCCCAGAUGUCCCCACACUGGGCAAAGAGCUCUCCUGUCUUCCUUCCUCCUCUCCGACUCGGAGGUCCCCCAGCCUCAGGGUCCGUCAUAUUAACUCCACACUGGAGGGAGGAGUAAAGGUAACGUGUGAGUACAGGACGUACCAGGAGGGGGUGCUGCAGGAGGAGCUCACUCUGGUAACCAGAGGGAGAAAAGACAGCAGUCUGAAGGUCAGACUCCAGGCCAAGGUCAUUGACCCACAUCACGGGACUCCCAUGCUGCUGGAAGGGGUGAGGUGUCUGGGUGCUCAGAAAGACGCCCACACAAAGCACAGCAGUGAUCAAAAGAGGAUAUGAUGAAAAGAUACACACACUCAGUAUAUAUGUACAUUAUUCAGUGACUGGGUCAGGGCUCAGCAUGGUUGUAUAGAAACAUGAAAAUGUGUUCUCCAUUUCAGAAACAGCUUAAUUUGACUGGGAAAUCAUGUUUCAAUGAUGCUGUGUUUUGCUAUGGUGAUGGCAUGGCAAAAUGUUUGUUAGAAAAUAACUGGUCAAACAAAUAACUGUAAGUACAAUGGAUACAUUUUGACAACAAACAAACAUGCUGAGCUGUAUAACACAUUAUUUAGACAAAAACACACCAUGCGUCAGCUCUGGAUGGACAUUUGACAACUGUUAUUCAGUUUACAUAGCCAUGAAGCUUGAGUUGUUGGAGAGGCACAAUAAACCAGCAAUGAAUGCUAGCCAGCUGACAUACAUGUACAGCCACACACAACCAUUAAAGUAACAGCAAAUAAAUAUGUCAUCAUUUUACAGUAGCUCAGCCUAAAAGGGCUCUGAUUUUGAUUCAUAUUGUUCCCUGUACUUUAACCAUGUCCCUAUGUUUCCUGUUUCUUAACCACCAUAAAGAUCAUUCAUCAAGCUGCCUAAUGUUAAUUGUGCAUUAAUUAAUGUUAUUCAAUCUUAGCACAAAAUGCGGUGGUUUCAUGAGUGUUGCUGAUCAAAGUCAGUCACUCCUCUGUUCAUUUCAGUGGCAUCGAGAACAGAGCCAGCUUUAUAAUGUCUUCUCUUAAGUUGACUACUGCAGACAGUAAGCAUGGAAUUUUACCAAAAGUCAAAUCCCAGUAUAGAGUUAGCUGAAAUCUGUGAGUUGUAGUUAGCAGCCUUUGUGCAGGACAACGUCUUUACCACUGUUGUUGAACGCUCUCAUGGCUGCCACCAAAUGUUUUACUGAUUGCACCUGUACAGUUCUCCUUGGACUACUGACAUGUCACGUGAAGACAACUGAUUCAACUUUAACUGACAGCAGUUUUGUUGGGCCCACUGGCUCCAGCAGUGCAGAAAUGGCACAGUUUACAAUAAGAGUCCGUUAAUGACUGCAGCAAUUCAUCUGUCUGCCAUCAGACUUUACUGUCAGAUGACAAAAGGAGGGUAUUUUAGUUCUGUAUUUUCCAUAUAAUCACGAUUUCUAUAUGUAUUUUUUAAAACUCUUGCUGGAAAUCAACAUUGGAUAAUGUGGAAGGUUGCAUUAAGCAGCAUGAUAUUAUUAAAAAUAUACAAUUAAAGCAUGCCAUUUUGUUUUAGAAAAAAAGAAACAAUCUACCCUAAGCAUGUUCUGUGUCUGUCAGCAUAGCUUUCUUCGUGUCUGUUAUGACAGCUUGCAUCAUCAAAUGACACAACAAUCUGUCAAGUAGGAGUUGUUUUAGAUAUACUGCUAAUGCUGUAACAGAGAGUAGAGCAUCCCCCCACAUGAAUUAUAUAUUGUAACCAAAUAAUGACAACAGGUUAGAUGAAUGAUAGGGCUGAGUGGGAACAGGAAUAUGUUUUUUUAAUAUAUUGCAUUUAUUACUUUAACUUCAGAUGCUGCAGCCAAAAGUAUUACAGUAUUACAAGACAUUUUUGGUGUGCUGUCUGAUUUAAACAAGUUUUGAAUUAAACAAAGAUAAUCUCAGUUAUUCACACUUACUCCCUUCUUGGUAGAUCAUCAGCUCCAUGCUAACUCUUCAGAAGAUAGUAAAUAGUUUGCUCAUGAAUUGUUUUUAAAUCUCAAUGAUAUCUUAUAAGAGUGCAUUUUUUAAAUUACUGUAGUUGUGAUUUUAAUUAGGCUAUAAUGAAUAGCCUAAUAAAAAUCCAACCUACUAAUUACAAACCCCAUUUCCAGAAGAGUGGGGACAUUUUCCAAAAUGCAGUCCAAACUAAAAUCUGAUAUUUGUUAAUUUGCUCAAACCUUUAUUUAACUGGCAAAAGUACAAAGAAAGGGUUUGUUUUUUGAAAAUCUAAACAAAUUUAGAAUUUGAUGCUUGCAACACACUCAGACAAAGUUGGGACAGAGGCCUGUUUACCACUGUGCUACAUCACCCUUUCGUCGAAUUACACUUUUUAAUCAUUUGGGAACUGAGGAUACUAGUUGUUGCAGGUUUGCAAGUGGGACAUUGACCCAUUCUUUCUGGAUACAAGACUUUAGCUGCUCACCAGUCCAUGGUCACUGUGGUGUGAUUCUCUUAAUGGUGUGCCAUACAUUUCUGCAGGCAGGCCAGUCAAGAACAUGCACUCUUUGUUGAUGAAACCACACUGUUGUAGCAUGUGUAAGAUGAGGUCUGGCAGUGUCUUGCUGUAAUAUCCAAAGACUUCCUGUGAAAAGACACUGCCUUGACAGUACCUUUACACAUGUCACCCAUGCCCUGGGCCAUCACAAAUGAUGGCUUUUGCACCUUUCCACUGUUCUCCUGUGUAGCUGUGUGUUACAUAAAAAAACAGUCCCACAGUGCUUAGCUAAAGGUGGGGACACACAUUAUGACUGUGUCCCCCAAGCUGAAGUGCAUCUUUGUCCAUAUUGGAUGGCAUGAUAAACAGACUAGACCAUGGGAGAUUCCUAAGACUGACAACAAAAAAACCUAAGGAGAAAAAGAAACAGGCCUGGAACAACACUUGCCCUUCACUAGUGAAGUACAAUGCUUUAAACCACAGCUCUUCCUCUCUGGCUCUGUUCCUUGUUGACACACCCACAUACACAAACCUGGAACAAAAAUCUGGAGUGACCAGGUGUAGUCGUCAGAGUAGAUGUGAAAGAUAAUCAUCUAAACUGAUCAACUAAAACUGCUGAAUUCACAAGUCUGUACCGGUAAUUUUUUUAAAGACUGCAAGAGGGUUUAUCACAUAAUCUGGGAAGUACACAAAUUAGCACAAUGGGACACGUUGAGGUAAGAAACCCAGAGCAAUCCACAGCUUGUUUUUAUUGGAUCAUCUGACAUGUUAGUCAUCCGGUUUUUGACUGUGUUUACACUGUUGUAAAAUGUGUACAUUUAUUGAUUUACUGUGUCUGUGUAGGUAAAUGCAACCCUGUUCUGCUUUGCUUCUGUAUAAACAAUGUGGCUGAGGUACACUGAGGCUCAUGUAUUUCUAUGCAUAUCAGUGUAAGAAAGUAAAUUGCAGGCUACUAGCUAACCAUCAAGAGCACCUUCAUUGCUGUAGUGUUCAAAAUAAUAAUGUGUGAAUAUAAACUUAGGUAAAGU